AUCAUUUUCUCCACUGUCAUCGGCCUCUUCCCCUUUUUACUCUCUCGUCUGCUGCCGUUACCGGGCUCACAAUAAAAAGGGCGCAAAGUCCACGUCGGGAUUGCUUGCACCUUUGCCCCAGAGUCGAGAUACAUACACAUCACACGCACCCUUUUUUUAUUCCUCUCCUCUAUUUGUUUGCUUCCACUCCCAUUUCACGCCUUACCCUGUACUUCUAUUUGGUACAUUCUAGUGCGUCUGUUGCAUAGAAUUCAUUUGAUAUCUUUCAUAAAGGUGCGGUUCUCCGGCUGCCUGGAAUUCUCCGACCCGCCCUUUCAUACAAUCUAUCCCUCUUAUCUCGUAUAUAUUACCCAGGUACUCCCAUAUGACAGACAUGGCCUACCGCAAAAGGUCACUCGACCUCUCAAUGGCGGACGAUUCGGUCAACCCGCAGCGCACCAAUGCUGCCCUUCCACCCAUUCGAAGCAUACCUGAAUUCAACAGUGCUGUAUCAAGCGGUGCCACCAACCACAUGGACCGGAGCUAUGUGCCAUCUGGGCCACAGCCUCCACAGGCUGGCAUCACGCAACAACAGCAGCAACAGCAUCAGCAGCAACAGUCCUUCAGCCAUCCGCUUUCCAGCCCAGGCCCCACCACUUCGUCAUCAACACACCCGCGACCAUUCACCAGCCCAGGCCAGCCGCUGCCCUCUGCUUAUCAGCAACAACAGAAACAGCAACAGCAGCAGCAGCCACUACUGAGCUCCAGUAUCCGGUACCACAACCAGCAGCACCAGCACCAGCCAGGAGCGUUCCGCGAGCCGGCCGACCUUGCUCCGACGGUACGCGCAUCGCCAAUGUCAUCAUCACAUUCGGGAAACUCGCCCCAUGCCCGGCCAUCCAGCACAGUCCACAAUAGCAGCAUGUUGGAUGAUGGAACGACAAGCGCAGGCGAGACAAUCAAGGUGGCGAGGAACUGGAGUCGUGAGGAGACUCUGUCUCUUGUGCGGGCGAUUGGCCGCCACUACGAUUCGCUUAAGCGCUGUAAAACAAACCAGGAGCGCAGCAAUGUGUGGCAUACAAUCCACAAGGAGCACUCCAGCCAGUUUCCAGGCAGGUCAAAGAAAGCCUCGCAGGUAUGUAUCCCAAACAACAUCAUUGAUCAGCAGAAGAAAGAGAAACAGGCCAUCAGCUUCCGUUGA